AAGACAGGAAGUAAACUAGUAUUUAUUUGAAUUGCCUGAAGCCUUCUGGUUGAUUGACGGAUGACAUAGAAAAAUAUACUAUAGUAGACUGUAAGUGUAACAGUGAUAUAUAUCGUAAUAAAAUGAUUUAAUCUAGUUAACGUUUGUAUAUCAUCAAAAUUAAGAUAUUGGAUGCACACAAAUUCCACUUAUAUCAAUCAGUUCUAGUGAAAAUUGUGAAAAGUGAAGACAUUGCUGACAUAUUUAUAUGGAUACAAUCAGUAUUGUUUAUAUCAGUGCGGAAGUGAUUAUUGGCGUGACCUCGUGCGGCGGAAAUGGAUUAGUUCUAUUAGCUAUUUUAAAACAUCGCAGACUGCAGACAGUUACAAACUGUUUCAUUGGUAGCUUGGCGUUGGCAGAUUUUUUAGUUGGGGUCGUCGUCGCUCCAUUGGCAGCUUUAAGCUAUUUAGGACUACCUCAUGAUUUUUCUGGCUGUGUUUUUACAAAUUCGAUUGUUGUUGCAUUCACACAAGUGUCUAUUUUUAACUUGUUAGCCGUGGCAUUUGAGAGAUAUUUUGCGAUCAAACAUCCGUUUGCAUACACGAAGCAUCUAGAUAUUAAGCUGUCUUUGCUAGUAAAUGCUGGAGUAUGGUUUCUAGGUAUGAUUAUCGGAUUGAUACCAUUGUUCGGAUGGAAUCUUGAGGACAAACGUAACGAAAACUGGACUUGUAAUUUUGAAACUGUUAUAGACAUGGAAUAUACAGUGUAUUUCCAUUUCUUUGGAUGUAUUGUGAUACCUUUGAUUAUUAUAAUUGCUAUAUAUUGUUAUAUUUUCAUAAUUGUGCGGCAGCACAUGUCUAGGAUUACAGCUUUGACUAUCCCAUCGCCGCAAUACAGCAGGUCAAGUAGUUUAACAAAAUUUAAAAAAGAAACUCAAGCCGCAAAAUCACUUGCUAUUGUUAUUUUAUUAUUUGCAAUCUCUUGGAUUCCAAUACAUGUUCUCAAUACUAUAACGUUGAUGUGCACAAAUUGUUCUAGCCCAGUAGAACUUUUACUAGCAACGAUAGUGCUGAGUCAUGCUAAUUCCGCCAUAAACCCGUUCCUAUAUGCAUACAGUAAUGGUAAUUUUAAAAGUGCAUUUAAGAAAAUGUUUUGUUAUCAGACAACUAAUGAAACACAUACAACAGCCAAUGCUGGAAAUUCACAAAUGCAAAGUACAAGAAGCGUGGCAAACAUUUCAGGUAACCUGGAUAUUGACAGUCGGCAGCAGAACGUUGUAAACUUGUUAAGCUAUAAGAAACUUUUUAGAUAAGUGUAAAUAAAAGUUAGUUCAUUAAAAACUUAGUUGAUUUCAAUUUUAUUCAACAUUUGUGUUUAAUUUCCCUUUGUAUUCAAAGGGUGGUGUCAUCCUGGCGAUAAGAUAUUUCCUCCAUUAAAAUAUCAUUUCAAUGAACCAUUGCACCAAUCGGAACAUCUCGGCUAUUAUCAAUAAUGAUCUCGGACGAUGUAAACAAAAACAGGGGGUGUUAUCUUUGAUAAUGUAUAAUGAAUGUAUAUAAUUAUUUGACAUUCAAAGGAAAUAAAGCCCAUUUCUGUUGCACUAAGAUUAAAAAUAUGUCUGUCAACCAUAAUCAAUUGAAAACUGCCCAAUGACGUACAAUUAUAACAAA